AUGGGUUCUCUUAUGGCUGGUUGGGACUCUCCUUUUUCAGAUCCAAAUCUUGUUAAGUGUAAGAGGAAUAAAUCUCUCACAAAGGAAGAAAUUGAAGCCUUUUGGAAAUCAAAGAGACAGAUUGAGGAGGAGCACUUGAAGGAUAUUUCUCUUCUCUCACCUCGCAGCAAGAAAAUUCUACUUGAGGAAGGUGGUGAAAGUGAAGCAGGACUUGAUAAAAUAAUACGGAAAAAUGGCUGGUGGGUGAGCAGUAACUGGGCAUUUCUGAAUGAACCGCCGGUAAUUGCAUCGGAAGGCGGUUCUCAGAGAUAUGCAUCACAGUUCCAUGUUGGGGAAACGAGCGCAAAAUACCAGCCCAUGAAAUUGGGCCCAAUUCACGUAUCAUUGGGCUAA